CAAGUUCAGGAGUUCAACUCCCUUGUGGCGGAUCCGUAACAGUACAAAGAAGCAUUUAUACGGUAUCUAACAUUAAAAUCUUCAGCGCAUAACGUCUCUCUCUUCUCUCUCUUCUCUGCAAGAUCACCCCUGUCAGGCAAGAUGUUGGUGAAUGGUUUUGAUGAAGGAGAUGGAGAAGGAGAAUCUUGGAAUUCUUGUAUUGAUGAGAUUAAGGUUGACCCUGCAAAACCUGCAUCUCUGACUUGGCAGCGGAAAAUAAAUAGCGAGGGAAAUCCCCUUUCAGAGUUCUCUCUAAGUAUGCUAGAGAUAGUUCAUUUGGCUCCAGUAGGUUAUCGAUUAUGGCGUCAUUGCCGAGAAGAAGCCGCCAAAGGAAGGGGAUCAUUUAUUAAUCCUUUUAUGAAACGCUCAGUCACACCAUGUCAUGGUGUUCCACUAGGUGGUAUGGGUGCAGGAAGCAUUGAAAGAAACUACAAAGGAGAAUUUCAGCGCUUGCAACUAUUCCCUAGAAUGUGUGAAGACAAACCAGUUUUAGCAAAUCAAUUUUCCGCUUUUGUUUCACGCUCUAAUGGUGAAAAAUACUCCACCGUACUCUGCCCAGGGAACCCAGAAGUGUUAAAAGAAAGUUCUGCAUCUGGGAUUGGAUCUUGGGACUGGAACCUGAAGGGGCAUAAUUCUACAUAUCAUGCAUUGUAUCCUAGGGCGUGGACGGUAUAUGAAGGUGAACCUGAUCCAUAUCUUAGGAUAGUUUGUCGUCAGAUUUCUCCAAUUAUCCCCCAUAAUUAUAAGCAGAGCAGUUUUCCCGUAGCAGUUUUUACUUUCACGCUGUUUAAUUCGGGAAAGACUGCUGCAGAUGUCACUUUGCUUUUCACAUGGGCAAAUUCUGUUGGUGGGGUUUCUGAAUUUUCUGGUCAUCACUACAAUUCGAAGCUUAGGACGAAGGAUGAUGUUCAUGGUGUCCUCCUGCAUCACAUGACUGCAAAUGGACUAUCCCCUAUAACUUUUGCAAUUGCAGCAGAAGAGACAAAUGGUGUUCAUGUUUCGGAGUGUCCUUGCUUUGUGAUAGCUGGAAACUCUGAGGGUAUAACAGCAAAACAUAUGUGGCAGGAAAUUAAAGAGCAUGGAUCCUUUGAUCGCCUUGAUUCCACUGAAACAUCGACGCCUUCAGAACCAGGAUCGUCAAUUGGAGCAGCCAUUGCUGCUUCUGUGACAAUUCCACCAGAUGCAGUACGUACUGUUACAUUUUCAUUGGCAUGGGACUGCCCUGAGGUAAACUUCAUGAAUGGAAGAACUUAUUACAGGCGUUACAGCAAAUUUUAUGGUAGUGGCGAUGCUGCUUCAAAUAUUGCACGUGAUGCUAUUCUUGAGCAUAAAGUUUGGGAAUCCCAGAUAGAAGCAUGGCAAAGACCUAUUCUUGAAGACAAGAGACUUCCUGAAUGGUACGCAGUCACUCUUUUUAAUGAGCUCUACUAUCUGAAUUCAGGAGGAACAGUUUGGACAGAUGGAUCUCCUCCGGUCCAUAGUUUAGCAAGCGUUGGACAAAAAAAGUUUUCCCUUGAUAUGUCCAGUUCAGAUGUUAAUAACACUAACCACAUGUCCCAUCAGAACGACACUGCUGAUGACAUUCUUGGGAGGAUGACUUCUAUUCUCAAGGAUAUACACACUCCAGUAACAUUAAAUUCUGCUUUUGGAACAAAUUUGCUUCAAAAAGGAGAGGAGAAUAUUGGCCAAUUCCUCUAUUAUGAGGGGAUUGAAUACCACAUGUGGAACACGUACGAUGUUCAUUUUUACUCUUCUUUUGCAUUAGUCAUGCUAUUUCCAAAAAUUGAACUCAGCAUCCAGAGAGACUUUGCAGCAGCCGUAAUGAUGCACGAUCCCAGUAAGAUGAGCCUUCUGCAUGACGGAAAAUGGGUCUCAAGAAAGGUUCUUGGUGCUGUUCCUCAUGAUAUUGGAAUAAACGACCCAUGGUUUGAAGUAAACGCAUAUAACCUUCAUAACACAGAUAGGUGGAAAGAUUUGAAUCCGAAAUUUGUACUGCAAGUUUACAGGGACGUAGUUGCCACAGGGGACAAGCAGUUUGCACGAGCUGUUUGGCCCUCGGUUUAUGUUGCAAUGGCUUUUAUGGACCAGUUCGAUAAGGACGGAGAUGGGAUGAUAGAAAACGAUGGCUUCCCCGACCAAACAUAUGAUACGUGGUCUGUCUCUGGAGUGAGUGCAUAUUGUGGUGGGCUGUGGGUAGCAGCCUUGCAGGCUGCCUCGGCUAUGGCACAUGAAGUUGGUGACAAGGGCGCCGAGGAUUAUUUUUGGUUCAAGUUUCAGAAGGCGAAAAAAGUAUACGAGAAGUUAUGGAAUGGUUCUUACUUCAACUACGAUAAUAGCGGUGGAAGUACAAGUUCAUCUAUCCAAGCUGAUCAGUUGGCUGGACAAUGGUAUGCUCGAGCAUGUGGUCUUUUACCAAUUGUUGACGAAGACAAAGCAAAAAGUGCCCUCAAGAAGGUUUAUAAUUUCAAUGUGUUAAAAGUGAAGGAUGGGAAGCGAGGUGCUGUGAAUGGGAUGCUACCGAAUGGAGAAGUUGACAUUUCAUCAAUGCAGUCAAGGGAAAUAUGGUCUGGAGUUACAUAUGCUGUCGCUGCAACUAUGAUCCACGAAGAUAUGGCUGAAAUGGCAUUUCGAACUGCCGGUGGUGUUCAUGAGGCUGCUUGGUCUGAAGAGGGACUUGGCUAUGCUUUUCAAACUCCAGAAGCUUGGAACACGGAUGACCAAUAUAGAUCUCUCACCUACAUGCGCCCUUUGGCCAUAUGGGCGAUGCAGUGGGCAUUGUCGUAUCCAAAACAUGCCCACAAAGAGAUAAAGCGGGAAGCAAUAGAUGAUUCCUUGUUGAGGAGGCACCAAGCAGGAUUUGAGAGAGUUGCUCGCCUUCUUAAGCUGCCGAAAGAGGAAGGUUCUAGAAGUCUUUUUCAGGCGGUCUAUGACUACACUACCAAGAAGAUUGGGUUGUGAAGUUUCCGUAAGAAUCUGAGGUUGCAGAAGUAUGUGAUAUCUGGGCUCGAGUUUCACUGUGCAGCUUCUAUUCUCAUUCUACCUAUUAUAAUAAUAUAAAAAAUAUUGAGAUUGGUAAUGGUGGUUUUAUCAUUGAAUAUAAGAGGAAGAUGGGUCAUGUUUGAUUGUUGUAUAGAGCGGUUGUCCAUUCAAAACAAGAGAAAACUUAAAUGAUUGUAUUUGAGGAAGUUUUAUUAUCAUCUGAUUGAAUUCAAUUUUUAAUUUUAA